AUGGCGGCGGAUGAUGAGGUUCAGAAAGUCAACCAGAAGAAGAAGAAGAAAUCAGUGGAAUUCAAGCCCAAACACUGGAUCUGGGCCAUUUCGGUCUUAGCCGCUUGCAUUUGCGCUCCGCUGGCGAAUUAUUUCUGGUGCGGGGUUGACAAGAUCAGAUACGAUCGAUUUGUCAACCCCCAGCAAGAAUUGGAGCGCUAUGAACCGGUGAACAACCUGUUCUUCGUCUUCUUGGGCGUUGAUUCCGCCGUCGGGAUCUACGCGGUUAUGUUUUUGCACCUCUUGAUACUCGACCUAUUCGGUGAGGAGGAGAUUUCAGUCCCAAAUCAGAGUGCCUCCACCAUCAGCACAAAAGACAGCAAAUGGGAUUUACUUGCUGCCAUUGCCCCCAUUAUGAUUCUAGUAACCGUGGUGAUUGUUUUUAUUGGAUUCGGAAUCACGCCCACGUCACUCCGGAAAAGAUGA